AUGUGUGUCGGGUCCGGCAUGCUGUUUGCGCUGAACAGACGCAUAUACCAAACUUCAUUCGUGCAGACGAGCACGUCGUUUGGUGCUUUGGUUUUACGCAGUUUCAGGUCUUCUUCUCCCCCCCUUGGACAAACAACUCGAGCUUUUGCGACGCGCGAACAAGAAACGAUGGCGACCCCGGACGCCAAGGCGUCCCGCGCCCCGGCGGUCACGCUGAAGACACCCAAGGGCACGAGGGAUUGGAGUGGCCAGGAUAUGCUACUCCGCGAGGAAGUCUUCAAGAUGAUUACCGACGUUUUCAAGAAGCACGGCGGCACUCCUCUGGACACUCCAGUGUUUGAGCUCAAGGAGAUUCUUUCUGGCAAAUACGGCGAGGAUUCGAAACUCAUUUACGAUUUGCAGGACCAGGGUGGCGAGCUUUGCUCCCUGCGUUACGAUCUGACAGUCCCUUUCGCCCGGUGGCUGGCCAUGAACAAUAUUCAAUCGGUCAAGCGCUAUCACAUCGCCAAGGUCUACCGAAGAGACCAGCCGGCCAUUGCCCGGGGACGAUUCCGCGAGUUUCACCAGUGUGAUUUCGACAUUGCUGGAUUGUACGACCCUAUGAUUCCUGACGCCGAGGUUCUGCGAAUCAUCGUCGAGGUGUUUGAGGCUCUGAAACUGGGUGUCUCCAUCAAACUCAACCACAGACAAGUCCUCGAUGGUAUGUUUGCUGUUGCGGGUGUUGCGCCAGACAAAAUCCGAACAAUCAGCUCCGCAGUGGACAAGCUAGACAAGAUGUCCUGGGAGGAAGUCAAGAAGGAGAUGGUUGAGGAAAAAGGCCUUGCUGCCGAGGUUGCUGAUCGAAUUGGAGAAUAUGUCCGCCACGCCGGCACCAUCUCUGAGACACUAGCACUUCUCAAAUCCAAGGAAGAGCUAGUCGCAAACGAACAGGUCAAGCGUGGCCUGGAAGACAUGACUCUGCUGGCGUCCUACGUCGAAGCCUUUGGCAUCUCUGACAAGAUCUCGUUCGAUCUCUCACUCGCCCGAGGCCUUGACUAUUACACGGGCUUGAUUUAUGAAGUCAUCAACCUGCCUCCCAAACCCGAGGAAGGUUCCAAGACUGGGAAAAAGUCCAAGAAGGAUGACCCUGCCAGCCAGGUCGGGAGCAUUGCUGCUGGUGGCCGCUAUGAUAACCUAGUAGGCAUGUACGGCAAGAAGCAGAUCCCCUGCGUCGGUAUUUCAUUCGGAGUUGACCGUAUCUUCACGAUACUGGAGGCCCAACGCCAAAAAGAGGGCCUCAAGCAGAAGCGUGACAUUGACGUGUACGUGAUGGCCUUUGGUGACAAAGAGUUUACCGGUUUGCUCACCGAGCGAAUGUCGGUUGCUCAGAGACUGUGGGACGCAGGCAUUCGUGCCGAAUUCUCUCCCAAAGUCAAGCCCAAGCUGCCCCAGCAGUUCAAAGCGGCCGAGGGUGUGCCUCUGGGCGUUAUUCUGGGUCAAGAAGAGCUCGCUGCUGGGCAAGUCAGACUCAAGGUCCUAGGGCAAAGGGAGAAUAAGGGGGACGAUGACAAGCCGGCGGAAAAGGAUGACGGAAAACUGGUUGCAUUGGAUGAGCUGGCGGAUGAGGUGAAAAAACUGCUGGUUUAG